AUGGCACAGGGACAUGUUGUUCAGGGGCAGCUUGCUGGCGGGGAUGAGCUCCUCGGCCUGUCUAGCGCCCAGCGUCAUCGAUUCCAUCAGUACGAGAAGAUCGUGCGAUUCUCAGACACGAUCCUAUCUGGUAAACACCCAAGCAUCAAGCCUCCGGCUAAUCUGAUUGCAACUGCGCAAUCCUCCAUCCACCCAAUAGAUGUCACCAUCGAAAAUGGUGCUUCCAACUAUCAACCAGACAAGUCGCAGUACUCUGUCGCGAAAGCCCAGCUGCCGGGCGCGUCGAGCUCUGGUCUGCCUGCCAUACCCCCUAGCACAACCAAAGUCAGCAAACCUUACGGGUCUGGGACUGUUGAGAUCAAUCCCAUUUUCCUAGAAAAGUCGGACGAUCUUGUCAAGGCAGAGUUUCAAUUGCAGCGGCAGAGACUGGAGCGUACUUUGAGGGACGAGGUUGAGCAACGGCGGGCGGCAGUUAAGAAUGCUGCUCAGGGAGAGCCUAUUCCCGACUUCGACCUUAAUGACGUGUUGACGAAGGCUCUGAAACUCGUCGAAGCCACUGCCGGGCCUGCUCCUGAUGAUGACAAUCCCGCUACUACUAACCUCGAGACUGCAAGUGAUUCUUUUGACGACAACACCUUCUACUCGUCCCAGCACAACACCCCAUCCUCGGUUCUUACGUCCCGCGUCCGCAACGAGUCCGAAGAGGCACGAGGCCUGGAUACUAUCGAGUCGCAGUCGACGAGCAACGCCCACAAUGCCGCUAUUUCGCGAAUACAUCCCAUUGAUGUUGAUCUGGAGACGAGCGAGCCGAGCGCGACACGGCCGCGUCAUGCCUACGCCAACCCAUCUACCAACACUGGUGCCUCAAGCAUAAACAAUACGUCACAAGUUGGGCGAGUCCCAGGCUUAACAUCGUUUGCCGAGGACAGGAUUGUUUCAGCCCAGGACACAGGUGCUGGGCCAAGCCAUUCUGAAGACUCGAGCAACGCGGAGAUCGACCGGCAUAGGGGCAGCAAUAGAUCCAAUCCCCGCCGACAGCCCCGUGAACAUUACAUUGACAGCCGCCCCCCUUCUCCUCUCAUGAGAGCACAUGAGCGGUCUGCUCAAGCAUCACCAUUAACAGCAGCUAGACGGGCGCCCAUGGCCGCUGAAGCAACCUCAAACUCGUCCAGAGGUACACCCGCACAAGUUGCUGCUCUUAGAAACGAGCCCAUCACUGUGACCAGUCCAGAAAGCUCACCCCAAGGCGGAGGGGCAUCUGAAAAGAAGAAGGGAAAGAAGAAGAAGCGGAAGGCAGACAGGCAAGCGCCCGAGGCCGAGCCAACUCCAUAUAUCAAGCCAGAGCCACGAUCCCCAUCUCCCAUGAGUGCUCCCUCUUACAUCCGCCCCAACAAACGCCAAAGGUACACACAGCAUCAGCCAGAGGAUCUCAGCUACGAAGAUGUCAGAUAUGAACGCCAGACUGGCGAUUACCCCCCAGAACCCCUCUCGAGCCGUCCAGGUACAGAUGACCGAAUACCGAUAGGGUAUGACAGACCGAGCCUCUCUACCCGACGUGCGGUAAGCACUGCGGUUCCUGGCAGCGCUGUUUAUAGGAGGGAAUACACCGAUGAUCGCUACGCACCCGGCGGCCCGUAUUCUGUGGAGCAGCCUCCGCUCGUUUCAGCUCACCAUCCAGGAGAACCGUCAGUGGGGAGAGCGAGCUCACAGGUUCGGCCAAGCGAGGGCCAUCAACGUCCAUCAUGGCCAUAUCACGGGUCCUAUGAGGCAUCAUCAGCAUCGACCAGGCCAGAUGGGGAUGUCUUUAUGGCUCCUCCAAGGCCGCCACCGACUCGGAUUAUUGUAGAUGCCUUUGGGCGUGAGUAUAUUGAACCACCACGACCAACGGUAAUCCGGCACUCAGUCGCCCCUCCCGCUCGAUCCGGUGAACCCGAGAUCAUUUACGAGCGAGCCGCGCCUCGGGCAUUGCCCAAACAGACGGGCAUGGAGACAUACGAAGAAGGAGGAACUGUCUACAGGCGACCUUCGCCGACGUAUAUACCCAGGCGAGUUGUCACACAACCAGAAUACAUCUCGCAGGAUUACAGGGACCAUCGGCCACGUGAGUAUCCCGCACGGCCGAUGGCACAUCCAGGGGAACCUGUGGAGUUGAUGGCACCGCCAGGCAGGCGGCGUGUGGAGGAAGGCCCAAGAGACUACAUAACGAGGGCGGCCAGCGUGCGACCAGCAGAACCCGUGUGGUAUGAGGUUGCCCGGGAUUACGGACGGGUGCAGAGCGUACGCCCCGAGGGAGCCGUACGUCAAUAUGCAACCAGUGUUCACCCGGAGAGUCGCCGUGAGGCUGCGCAGCCUUAUGCACGAGAAUAUGGUACCUUGCCGGUGGAGCAAGGGGCAGUAAGACGCGAGUACAGCGCGCGGCCGCCCUUAGAGCGGUACUACAACCAGCCGAUGAGAGGAGGGGAGGACAUUGCCUUUAUUGAACAACCCAGAGGGGCAGCACAAGAAAUCGUGUAUGCAGAUGAUGGGAGGAGGGAAGUCUACCGUUGA